UAUGUUGUUCUGUGUGAGACGAGCUUAGAGCGCACUCAUCCACUCUCCUCAGAGCAACAUCUGUGCGCAUCUGUGCGUAAUCUGGCUCAUCAUUGAUUUACAAGAGGGAUUUAUUUUAUUCUGUAGUCUCUUUACUAUGGCGAGAUGGUCUUUUUUGUUUUUAUACUUCUUCCAAGGACUUCUUCCUCUCAUCUUUGGGCAGCAGCAGCGCACAGCUGGACCCUGGAGGCACCGAAUUCAGUGGGAGAACAACGGGCAGGUUUAUAGCUUAAUGAGCACUGGGAUGGAGUACCAGGCUCCAGUUCGGUCCAGGAGCCAGUCUAGGGUUUAUGUCACUAGCAGGAGGGAUGGCACCAGGAGCCAGAUGCCGGUUACGCAUAGAGGAGCGACGCUUAUGAGACCAGGACAGACUGAAUCUAGACAUUUCAGGACUGUUAAUGCUGCAGAGCCUGAACCAGUAGUUACAGGACACGAUGGUAGACCUUAUGUGUCCUCUAGUAGCCGUGUAUCACAGCAGCCUGAGCGCCCUUACUUAACAGGAGCUGCAGGUUAUCCAGGCGCACGGCGCGUAAACCCUGAACAAACCGUAUCCACGAACGCGUCUGCAGCAGGAAGUCUGACAGAUUUCCCAGGCAGGAGAGGUGGAAUCGGUGUGGAUGCUAGUGCUCUACACACCAGAGGAGGGGAUCCAGCUCCGCAAUCCGGUGUGCAAUACCAACAAUUACGCGCAGUGCCAGAGGCCUUAUCUGUCUCCAGACAGCACGCGCAGACGGAUCACUCAGUCCCAUCACAUCCUGCAGCUCAGGAGAGGGACUCCGCGGCUCCUGCUCCUUUCCCCCCGCAGGGUGAGGAUGCUACAAACGAGGCUGGUGGUAAUGGAGAGGACAUGGUUAACGAUGACCCUCGAAACCCGUUUAAAAACCACAGGAAUUCUGUUUUCUACAACAUGUAUCCACCAAGAGGGAGGUCAGGGGCCCGCCUUCCUCCUGGGCCAGGUUACGGAACGAGAUAUUUCCAAAAUGGUCUACCAGACCUGGUGCCGGACCCGUAUGCCAUCCAGGCAGGUGCUUACAUCCAGCGCAUGCAGAUGUACGCGCUCCGCUGUGCAGCUGAAGAAAACUGUCUGGCCAGGUCGGCGUAUGCACCCGGCGUCAGAGACAUCGACUUUAGAGUCCUGUUGCGGUUCCCCCAGAAGGUGAAGAAUCAGGGAACCACAGACUUCCUCCCCGUGAAGCCCAGAUAUCAGUGGGACUGGCACAGCUGUCACCAACAUUUUCACAGCAUGGACGCCUUCAGUAACUACGACCUGCUGGACACGGUCUCUGGACGGAAAGUUGCAGAGGGACAUAAGGCCAGUUUCUGCCUGGAGGACACCGGCUGUGACCCUGGAUUCAGACGCCGCUACGCCUGUACCUCUCAUACACAGGGAUUGAGCCCUGGCUGCCAUGACGUCUACGCUGCCAACAUCGACUGUCAGUGGAUCGACAUCACCGACGUUCCUCCAGGAAACUACAUCUUAAAGGUUACUGUCAAUCCAAACUUCCAUGUUCUGGAGUCAGAUUUUACCAACAACAUUGUGAGAUGUGACAUCACAUACACAGGAACCUACGUGCAGACACGCAACUGCAGAGUAACAAGGGGCUGAAGUUUUCUUUUUCAAGAAGUAUCUGCUGGACUUUUGCAGUAAACAUCUCUCCCUGUCCUGAGCAGCAACAUCGACUGUGCAAUGAACAAAAAGUGCAAUUGGUCAAGUGCCAGAUCAGUCUUUCGUUGCAUUUACUGGAAAUAAGUGCAAACAGUUAAACAAUUUUAUAUGAAAGACCCUCACUUAUACUUGACUUUAUAUCUUUACAAUGUGCCAAGUUUCAUACCAAAAGUAUCUUUUUUUUGCCUUAAGAAAUGCAAGUUUCGUGUUCAUAUUCAUUCAUUUCUUGUAUGCUGGUUAAUUGCUUGAAUCAUUUGUUGUUGCAUGUUUUUUGUUGUUUUGUAUCUGCUUUCUUUUACUAUGUGCACACCACUCUUCAUGUACAGUUUUAUUUUAAGGAUAAGAUGUUCUUUAUUUUUAUUAUGGUCAGCCACGUUCAUUAUGGGCCGAUCAGCAUUAAAACAUAUGACAUAGUCGGCAUGUAGCCUGGGAAAUAAACUACAUAACACAAGCUCAGCAGGCAGCCAUUACUGGUAGUCACUAUCAGUGGAGCCAGUUGGUAAAAUAAAGUCUUUUCAUAGUUGGUAAGGUGAAGAGCAAAAGGUCCUUUCCACUGAGAAAAGCUUCCAGUGUGGAUCUUCGCUCUUAAGACAUGUUGUCCCAUUCCAAUAAAGCUACAGCCAGCUGCAUCCAAGCUAAUGCUUCACCUGCCACCAUUGCUUACAGGCUUGCAGUUGCUUCAACUAAAGCACGCCCAGAACUACAGCCUUGUUCUUCUCAAAUAACUAAUAAGAUUUCUCUAGACUCUGAGUUGCUGCUUUACCACAGGUACACUAGGAAGGAUAUGUGGUGUCAUAUGAAAUCUGGUGGAAAAUCAUUUUUUCUUCAUCUGUGGCAUUGUGUUGCCUCUGUGACUCUCUGGCUGAUUGAUGGCCUGUGUCUUGUGCCACAGGAUCGGAUGUUAAUAUAGUGAAGAAAUUUUGAAGUUGAUCGGAUUCAUUCUUGUUCCUGUUGGGUUGAUCUGCUCGUUUUAAGUGCAUUGACAAGUUUUAGCAGUGCUGAAAAUAGCAUGUGCACGUAUCCUGAGUGUAACAGAGCAGAGUGGCGCUGUUGGUAUUCAUCAGAGCGGGACCAGAGCAUGUGCUGUGGAAAUGCAAAGAUUAUCAAAGUGGGAGCAAUUUGCAUGUUCACCUUGUUUGCAAGAAUAAAGUAUGAGGAAUUGGGAGAAGGAGGGGUGCACUCGAAAAAAACAUGUCUAAAACAUGUUUGAGCCUCAGAGUAAAACUUGAACAGUUUAAAGAACUGUAAACACAGAGCUGAGAACAACAAACCAAGUGAGUGAGCGUUAUAAUACAUCAGGUUUUUUCUUUAAGUAGGUUAUUUGACUAUAAUGAAAAUAAAGAACAUCACCAGACUCCUUUUACCACUUGUUAGUCACAUCUGCAAUGUUCUCACGUGUUUCAUGUUUUGUUGGAGUAUGUUUUCAUGAAUGUCUGCUUGUGUAUGACUGAGUGAAUGGAAAAUGCGGAAAAUUGUCUAAAUUGUCGUUUAAAACCGUAUUAUGUUCCGUAAGUAUGUCUGAUUCAAUGCAAUAAAGACGGU